CAUAUGAAAAUAUUCCCGGUCAAUCUAAGAUCACGUUCCUCCUACAAGCAAUCAGGAAUACUGCUGCUGCUGAGGAGGCUAGACAAAUGGCAGCUGUCCUUCUACGACGUCUUUUGUCUUCUGCUUUUGAAGAAGUUUAUCCAGCUCUUUCACCUGAUGAUCAGACCUCUAUCAAAAGUGGACUGCUGUUGAUUAUUCAGUUGGAAACACAGUCCAGUAUGAGGAAGAAAAUCUGUGACAUUGUUGCUGAGUUGGCCAGGAACUUAAUAGACGAAGAUGGCAACAACCAGUGGCCAGAAGUUCUGAAAUUCUUAUUCGACUCCGUCAGCUCUCAGAAUGUGGGACUACGUGAGGCAGCUCUACAUAUUUUCUGGAAUUUUCCUGGGAUUUUUGGGAAUCAGCAGCAACAUUAUUUGGAGGUCAUUAAACGGAUGUUGGUUCAGUGUAUGCAAGAUCAAGAGCAUCCAUCGAUCAAGACACUCUCUGCUAGAGCUGCAGCUGCAUUUGUACUUGCUAAUGAACACAAUAUUCCCCUUCUUAAACAUUUUGCAGACUUGCUACCUGGAAUCUUACAGGCUGUAAAUGAUUCCUGCUACCAAAAUGAUGACUCUGUCCUGAAGUCCCUUGUAGAAAUUGCAGAUUCUGUUCCCAAGUAUUUACGACCACAUUUAGAACCUACAUUGCAACUAAGUCUGAAGUUGUGUGCAGAUGCCAGUCUCAGUAACAUGCAGCGUCAAUUGGCACUUGAAGUAAUUGUGACCCUGUCAGAAACUGCUGCUGCUAUGCUAAGGAGACACACAAACAUUGUUGCACAAGCCAUUCCUCAAAUGUUAGCAAUGAUGGUUGACUUAGAAGAAGAUGAAGAUUGGGCAAAUGCAGAUGAGCUUGAAGAUGAUGAUUUUGACAGAUAUAUGCCCUAAAAAGGGUGCCUACCUUUGAAAGAACAUCAGAAUGCAGAGUGGAAUUGUUCUCUGGUUAUCUAACUCAUAAAAUGGUUGAUUUUGCUGUUAUUUUAAAUCCCUUUGUAUGGCUACUGGUAGUUAAUCUUGUUGCAUCUUAGGUGAGAAACAUCUAUUAAAGAUCUUUUUGCUUUGUUCA